CAAAAUUGAAGAUAAAUAUGAUAUGAUCUAUGAUGUAACAAGUGCAUAUUUUAGUGAUAAUGAAGACUCAAAAUGUGAAAUUAAUAAAAAGUACUGCAAUGUACCUGAUGAUGAAAAGAGAGUGAUAGACAACUAUCG